UUUAUAAGUCACAACAUUAUCUUCAUCAACACAAAUUUCUUCCAAAAAAUGGCGACUCAUGGAUCAAGAAACACCAUCUUGAUCAAUGUCUUGACUUGUGUCAUCUUGUUACUAUCAGUCAUCCUCAUGAUGAUGAAUCAUUGUGAAGGAUCUUUAUCGUCAUCAAGGAAGUAUGCAGAUGAGUGCAAUGGCACUAUGGCUGAGUGCCCAACGCUAGUGGAAGAAGAUGAAGAGCUUCUUAUGGACACCGAAGAACAUCGACGGAUUCUGGCCGAAACAAAGAAGAUAACUUUUGAAGCUCUCCAGAGUGGUAACGCAGCUUGUGACGGAAACUGUGAAGGACUUUAUAACGCUAAAAAAAACAACCAGUGCCUUAAGAGUACUUACUGCCAGAAGUAGUUUGGUUUGGAUGCAAAUAUUGAAUGCUCGUUGGUUGUUUUGAAGUGAUUAUUGUGCGUGUUUCAUGUUUAGAAAAGUAUUUUUAAUUUCUCCCUUUACAUUGUUGUUCUUGUUGAUCAUGUACCUGUUACCUACCUGUAAGCUAUUAGUUGUCCAUGGGAAUAAAAGUUUGUACCGUCUAUUGUGCAA